AUGGCCACUGUUGAUACACAUAUGAGCCAAGAGCAAAUAACACGAGAUGAUGCGCUUAAGUUGUAUACCAGUGCACUCAACUUCAAUGUCAUUAGCCGUUAUGAUCCUGCUAUCAAACAAUUAAUUUGUCACACAUCACAUUGCGUACUUUACAAGUUCAACGAACAGUCCGAGGAGUGGGUCAAGACAGAUUAUCAAGGAGCUCUAGCGUUGUACGAGAGAAGUGAGAGUACUGAUGCCGAACGAGCAUCCUCUUCGGAGACCCAACAACGGCAUGCAUUCAAUUACGGCAUCAUUAUAUUAAAUCGAACCAACCCUGAAUGCUUUUCCUUGGGAAUCCAACCGGACUCAGGAAUGGAGGUUGAACUCAACGAUAACUUGAUAAUUAUACGAAGUAUUUCCGGGGAAAUAUAUGGAUUGUGGUUGUUUAGUGAGGAUGAGAGGGAGUCUUUGUACAAAACUAUACAAUAUUUGGUUUGA